AUGCCCUUCCACAUCCCCUACACCUUCGGCGUAACGCUCUUCGCAGCAAUAGGCACAUUCCUCUUCGGCUACGACUCCGGCAUAGCAACCACAAUCAUCGCCUUCCCCUCCUGGAACACCUACAUGUCCCACCCCUCCCCCACCCUAAUAGGCGGCAUCUCCUCCGCCUACUCCGCCGGGGAAGCCCUCGGCGUCCUCCUCCAAACCCUCAUCGCCGACCGACUAGGCCGCAUCCGCUUCCUGCAGCUCCUCUGCGUCAUCACCCUCCUCGGCACGUGCGUGCAAACCGCCUCGACGGGCAUCCGGAUGUUCAUCGCCGGGCGCGCGGUGACGGGCUUCGGCGUGGGUGGGAUGGUCGCGACGAUCCCGCUGUAUCUCUCGGAGAUCGCGCCGCCUCGACGGAGGGGGUUCCUCGCGGGUUUCACGGGCGUGGGCAUCGCUGUCGGCGUGAUGAUGAGUUCGUGGGUCGCUGUGGCGUGCUUCUACGCUCCGCAGGGGGACGUGCAAUGGCGGGUGCCGAUUGCGUUGCAGAUCCCUUGGACGCCGGUGCUGUUCCUGGGCCUGGCGACGUUUAUGCCGGAGUCGCCGAGGAUUCUGCUGCGGAAGGGGAGGCUUGCGGAGGCGGAGAGGGCGUUUGAGAGGGUGCAUCGCGGGGAGGGGGAGGGGGAGACGAGGAGGGAGUUUGCGUUGAUGAGGGCGCAGAUUGAGUACGAGAAGGGGAGGGAGUUUGUGGGGUAUUUGGCGCUGUUUAGGCAGUAUCGUCAACGAGUGCUGGUGGCCAUCGCGAUUGCUCUGAUGGCGAUUUUGUCGGGGGCGCCUGUUGUCGGCUUCUACCAAACAAUUCUCUACCGCGCCCUCGGCAUCCAGCAAAAGAACAUCCUAAUCCUCGCCGCAGCACGAGGCACCCUCUCCCUCGUCGCCGUUCUCCUCAUCAACCGCUUCCUCCUGGACCAAUGGGGCCGUCGCCAGCUCCUCCUCUGGGGCAUGGCCAUCUCCACCGGGAUCCUGAUCUACUGCGCCGCGAUGCAAAAGAUAUACCAAGACAGCGAUAAUCAAGUCGGUAAAGGGUUCGCUGUGUUGGGGAUAUUCGCGCAUGCGUUCUUCAAUGAUCAUCUAUGCGGAACCCUCGAAUCCGUCUGCCCCAUCUACAACGCCGAGAUCCUCCCCAUCGCCCUCCGCAGCAAAGUCAUCGGCAUCGCAGCCUUCAUCUUCUUCUCCGUGACGGUAGCGUUCACCGAAGCCGCCCCAUCUGCUUUCGCGAAUAUCAAGCAGAACUACUAUUAUGUCUUCGUGGGCUGUACCGCGGUCAUGUGGGUGAUCGGGUACUACUGGUUUCCGGAGACGACGGGGCGGACGCUGGAGGAGAUUGCGGCGGCGUUUGGGGAUCGGGUGGUGGAUGUUGCCAGGGAGAAUUCGGAGACGAAUAUGGUGCUUGUUGAGGAGACGAAGGGGGCUGAUGUUCGUGUGAAUGAUAGAGAGGCUGGGAUGGCAGUAUAG